AAAACACUAAUUUUGAGGUUAUGUCUCAUAUCAUGCCCCAAAGCUAUGAAUUUUAGGUUAUGGUGUGAAGGUAGUAUUUUCAAUAAUUUAAUUAAAUAUACUUUCAAUGUUCUCACUGUAAUUGAAUAAUUGUUGUAAUUUUUAAUUUUUGUUGAUGUUCAAUUUUCAUUCUGAACAGUUGCUGUUAUAUUUUCCAAUUUCAAAGCUUUAGAUCUUUUGAAUUAUUCAGAAGGUUUCUUGAGUGAUUGUUAUUUGUUACUAACUAAUACACCAGCAGCUAUUUAAUGGCAACAGACUUUUAAAAAUUACUUAUAAGAGAACCAAACAUGGAGAACUAUACUAAAGGAAAAAAUGUUGAACAAGAAUGGACGAAAGAGACUGUUCCUGUUCCAAAUUUACCAGAAAACUUCACGUGGAUGCAUGUGAAAGGAGGUAGUAAGAUGUGCAAUCUUCUGGAAUACGCUCUGAAAGCCUUCAAGGAGAGUGGAGCCAUUCUGUGGACUGGUAGCGGGCCCGCUGUUGGCAAAACUGUCAGUUGUGCCGAAAUCAUGAAGAAACGUUGCAAACACCUGCACCAGAUCAACAAAAUAUGCUACACCAAAGUUGAAGAAUACUGGACACCACUGCAAGAGGAUCUUGAAGAACUUGUUGUAACCAGAGAACUUCCCACGAUCCACAUUCUUUUGUCGAAAGAACCCUUGGACAAGGAAGAACCUGGCUACCAGGCGCCGAACGUGAAGAACGCAUUCUGGUCUAGCUCAGCCAGCCAUGCCAAGAGAAGCGGUGCUCUGAAGAAACAGCGCCAAGAGCGGAGGGUCGAUUCGCACACUUUCGACGAACUUGGACUUCGGUCAAACAACAAUCGGCAAAAGAAAGGCGCAUCAGGUGGGGGUGCCCGAGCCACUUUCCAUAGGAGACAAAACGACGCUAAGCAGCAAGCCUCCGCUGCUCCGACAAGCGCCGAUUAAUAAGAGUGCUGACCGUUCCUAAUACUAAACAGCAAGUUGUUGAGAACUGAACUUUUGAAAUCGGUCAACUGCUGACCGUUCCAAAAUAAUGUAUUUUCUUUGAAGCCCUUAAUUGUACAGAAUUUAGCAUAAGGAGAAAAAAGUUAGGGGGAUGUAAUUUUACUUACUGAUAUGUACUUCAUCUGUAUAUUUGUUGAGUUUAAGAGUCCCAAAAUCUUACGCCAUGUCAAUCUUUUGUCAACUUAUCUUAAUCGGACCAUAGAUUGUAACACUGGAGGUUUUGAAGAAAUUUUUGUUUCUAGUUGUGGUGAAAAGUGAGUGAGAAAACAUUUUAAAGCAUGUACAUAAACUCAAAUAGUGGAGAAAUAUUAACAUAAUAAAUAUUGUAAGUAGUUAUCUUUAGAGAAAUUUCUGGUGAACUGUUCAGCAUGAAUUGAAAAGUUUACCAGUUUUAAGAAGAAUGUGUUAGCUUGUAGUGGCUCUAUCCAUGUACUUCAACUCGGAAAUUGAUGAUUUAUUAACAAUAAAAGAUAGAGGUACUAGAGAUAUGAA